UUUUGUACCGAGUGUCGUGUAAAUCAUGCUGGUCUUUUUUAACCUGCUAAGCCUCUUUGUCUUGCCCAAAAAACGGAGACGGGAUUGCCGGUGACUGUGAAGGAUCACCGUCUUCCAUUGACAAAAAACGGCUAUUGGUCAAACCCUGCUCCGAUCAGCAUCACCUCUCUGUAAAUAAUCCCUUUUGUUGGGAAGAAUGGCUCUCAACCGGACUAUCGAGCUAGAACACUUUGACGAGCGCGAUAAAGCUCGCCGAUUGACUCGUUCCACCGGCACCGGCACCGGUUCACAGUCCGGAUCCCGGGCGAGCAGCCUCGUACCCAGCCCGGCACAGAGCGCCAACUGCAGCUUCUACCGGACCCGCACCCUGCGAGCGCUGUGCUCCGAGAAACGAGCCCGCAAGGUUCGCUUCUACCGCAACGGGGACCGGUACUUCAAAGGACUGGUCUACGCCGUGUCCAGUGACCGGUUCCGAUCUCUGGACGCGCUGCUGGUUGAGCUGACCCGUGCUCUUGCGGACAAUCUGCACCUGCCACAGGGGGUGCGCACCAUCUACACCGCGGACGGAUCCAAAAAGAUCAUCAGCUUAGACGAGCUGCUGGAAGGUGAGAGCUACGUCUGUGCAUCUAAUGAGCCCUACAGAAAAGUAGACUACACCAAGAAUGUGAACCCUAACUGGGGCUCUCGGCUGGCAGGAGCAGGUGUAAUGAGCGGCGCCGGAUGCCAGAUUCUGAGCGGGGGCCAGAGGACACCUGGUGAGGGGAAAGAGAGUAAAGAUUUCAUCAAACCCAAGCUGGUGACCGUGAUCCGGAGUGGAGUCAAGCCACGCAAGGCCGUCAGGGUGCUGCUAAAUAAAAAGACGGCUCACUCGUUUGAGCAGGUGCUGGCUGACAUUACUGAGGCGAUUAAGCUCGACUCAGGAGCUGUGAAAAGGCUGUACACACUGGAUGGAAAGCAGCUGACAAGCCUGCAGGACUUUUUUGGUGAUGAUGAUGUUUUCAUUGCCUGCGGCCUUGAAAAGUUCCGCUACGCUCAGGACGAUGCUGCAAUUGGGCAUGCCGGGAAAGCCUCUGCCACUGCCUUCGUCAAUGAGUGUAAGAUAAAAUCAUCAAGAUCAUCCAUCCCUCCUAAGCCCACUGUACCCAAAAGCCCUGGAGUAUUCAGGUCCAAAUCUCCUCUAUCAGCCGGUGAUGUGUCUAGAAGCCAGAGCCCGACAGCAAGGUCGUCAAGGUCCCCAACAAGCCCAGCAAGUCAGCGCAGCCAGAAGAUUUCGUCCCGUCAUGUAUCUCCCUCCCCUCCCCCCUCCCAGGAACUGAACGGUGAAGAGGAUUUAAGCCUAGAGGUUAAUGGGAACAAGCCGCAGUCAUCCAUCAUAACCGAUAAGUACAAUGUGGGGAAAGUCAUUGGAGAUGGAAACUUCGCCGUGGUUAAAGAAUGUGUGGAGCGGGCCACUGGACAGGAGUAUGCUCUGAAGAUCAUAGACAAGGCCAAAUGCAGUGGAAAGGAGCACCUGAUAGCCAACGAGGUGGCAAUACUCCGGCGUGUUCGGCACCCCAGCAUAAUCAUGUUAAUUGAGGAGGUGGACACUCCAACUGAGCUCUACUUGGUCAUGGAGCUUGUGAAGGGAGGAGAUCUGUUCGAUGCCAUUACUUCGUCUACAAAGUACACAGAGAGAGAUGCCAGUGCCAUGGUUUACAACCUAACUGGAGCCCUCAAAUACCUGCACCGCAUGAGCAUAGUGCACCGAGAUAUUAAACCAGAGAAUCUACUGGUGUGCGAGUACCCAGAUGGCACUAAGUCUCUUAAAUUAGGUGACUUUGGACUGGCCACCAUAGUGGAAGGACCACUUUACACUGUGUGUGGAACACCCACUUACGUCGCACCUGAGAUCAUUGCUGAGACAGGAUACGGAUUAAAGGUGGAUAUCUGGGCAGCUGGUGUGAUCACCUACAUCUUGCUGUGUGGCUUUCCUCCAUUCCGGAGUGAGAGGAACCAGCAGGAGGAGCUGUUUGAGCAGAUCCUACGGGGCAAACUGGAGUUUCCCUCGCCUUACUGGGACGAUAUCAGUGCCAGCGCCAAGGAUCUGAUUGGUAAGAUGCUGCAGGUGAAUGUGAGUGCUCGCUACACAGCUGAAGACGUUUUGGCUCAUCCAUGGGUUGUGGAUGAUGCUAUGUUGGAGAACAAUGUGAUGUGUGAGACGUCAGGCACAGAGAAAACUGUACACACGCAGGACAAUACAGUUACUGAAACACGGUUGGAUCAGCUACAAGGCAAUGAACAAAAUCUGAGGUAGUCAACAAGAAGUCUGCAAUGGACCUCACCCUGCUCAUGAGGUUUAAAUAAAAUACUUUAACUAGAAAUGCUAUCAUGGCUAAUGCUGACUUAAAGCUAACCAGGGACAAGAAUGCUAAUGCUAACUGGCCCCUAAGAGCUUAAAUUCUAUAGUUGCAGACAAACUUGCAGUCCCUGUCAGUAGUGGCGGCUUAGCCAGUGUGGAUUUUAUGUGUGCAGCAGGGGGUGAUGAGUUUACACGAUUGGUCACGUAAAAUUGAGAGAAAAAAGAGGGAAUGUGAGCGACCCCAAAGUUCUACUUGAAUAUGUUUGGGCUUAAAGUGUAAUAUCAACUCUGUCUAUCAAGUUUUGUAAAUAUCAUAUUGGCCGUGUAGUCCACUCAUAAAUGUUUUAAAUAGCA